AUGAGAGCCUCCGCGGCGGACAGGGUGGUGCCCAGCGGCGGCGCCAACGGCGGGAGCUCAUCGCUGUGGCCGCACCCGCGGUCGGUGCGCGAGUACGCGUCGCAUCGCAAGAAGGUGCACACCGUCGCCUGGAACUGCAGCGGCACAAAGCUCGCCUCUGGCUCUGUCGACACGAGCGUGCGAGUGUGGACGAUCGACGAGGGCGGCCGCGCGUCGGACGUGGAGCUCAAGGGGCACUCGGACUCGGUGGACCAGCUGCGCUGGGACCCGAAGAACGAGCACCUCCUCGGCACCGCGUCGGGCGACAAGACCGUCCGGAUAUGGGACGCGCGCACCUCAAAGUGCGUGCACGCAAUCGAGACGCGGGGCGAGAACAUCAACAUCCGGUGGUCGCCGGACGGGCAGCACCUCGCGGUGAACGAGAUGGCGUGGGACCCGAGCGGGCGCCUCUUCUUCCUCACCACCGGGGCUGGCAAUGUCGACGUCUUCUCCUUUGUUGACCUACUCAAGCCGCCGCCGGCGCCGCCCAAAGCCUGGCGACGGCUCCGCCGCUCUGCGCCGCCAAAGCCUGGCGACGGCUCCGCCGCGCCCGCGCCCGCCGCCACCCUCACCGGCGCCGCGUUUACCGGCUGCCGCUUCCUGCCAGCAGCAGGGGGCCACACUGCAAACUGCUACUGCCUCGAGUUCUCGCCGUCGGGGGAGCGGUUCGCGGUGGGCGGCGCGGACGCGCUCGUCUCGCUCUGGGACGUCAAGGAGCUCGCGUGCGUCGCCACCUUUGCGAGGCGCGAGCAGCUCGAGUGGCCCGUCCGCACCCUCUCCUUCUCGCACGACUCCAGCUACAUCGCCGCGGGCACCGCACGCCCCGCCGCAGCAGCUUCGCACGCCGUGUGGACAGGGUCCGAGGACCCGCUCAUCGACGUGGCGCACGUCGCGACCGGCAAGCAGGCGCUGCCGCCCUGCCCCGCCAACGGCGUCUCACGCGGCACGUCGCUGACACGCCCGCGCCGCGCCCGCAAGGCGCUCGCGGUGCCCGUCAAGGCUCCGUCCAACUCGAUCGCCUUCCACCCGAAGAGGAUGCUGCUCGCCUUUGCGGGCGACGACAAGGACAAGAUGGGCCGCGACGAGGGCUCCCUCCGCAUCCUCGGCUUCCCCUCUAACAACAGAACAACAGUGGAGCCGCGGGACCACCUCGGCUACUCUAACGACUACCGGCCCGACGUCUCGGUGGCGGGCGCCGGCCGCUCGCGCUCGCGCCUCGUCGGCGACGUCAAGUUCAAGGACUCGCUCUCCUCCAACCCGGAGGACGUCGGCCAGCGAGGCGCUUUCGUCGGCCUCGGCAACACCGAGCCCGGCACGAGCGCGGACGUCUUCGGCCUCGAGCAGCGCGGCGCUGUCGGGGAUGGCGACUUCAGGCCGAGCGACGGCGGCGGCUAUGUGGCGUACAAGAAGGCGGACUACGCGCACGCCCUCUCGCGCUCGGACACCGACGUGCAGAUGUACCUGUUCGAAACCUUCGGCGGGUGUGGCGGCCCAAGGGCGAUGGCCUCGACCUUCAGCUCAUCCUCGUCCGACGGCGACAGCCGCACUGCCCCACUCGACGGCCUCCGCGUCGUCGAGAUCGGCUCCUUCCUCGCCUGCCCGCUCACCGCGCGGCACCUCCUCGACCUCGGCGCGUCAGUCACGGCCGUGGUGCGACCAGAGUCCGCUCGGGGGCAGCGCGCUGAGCUGGCGUGGCGGCCAGAGACGACGAGGGCACUGAGGAGUGGCAAGGACGUCGUGACCCUCGACCUCAAGUCGCCGGCCGGGCAGGAGGCGCUCGACGAGCUCUUCGUUGCGGCCGACGCUGUCGUCGUCGGCUUCGCUCCAGCGGUGUGCCGCCGGCUCCGCCUGACGGCCGAGCGGGUACAUGAGGUCAACCCUCGCGCCGUGCUUGCUCACCUGCCCGGCUUUGCGACGGGCGACGCGGAGCGGAGCAAGAUUGAGGCGUGGGAGGCGUCCAUCCUCGCAGAGGCCGGCGUCUUCCGAGACAUGGGCAUCAACCGCCAGCUCGCUGGCAAGCUCGCCUCGUACUCGCCUCUGCCUCUCGCAUCGUCGUACGCCUCCAUCUUUGCCGCCCUCGGGGUCGUUUCUGCUCUGCGCAAGCGCACGACUCUGCCGCCCGGCGCGGCGCCGCGGCUCUCUCUGGAGGUGCCCCUCGCCUCCGCGCUGUGCGACGCGCUGGUGCACAACUCGCUGCAGCACGAGGUGCCCGAGGAGUACCGCUCGCGCAGGCAGCGCGCCCUCGACAAGCAGCGGGCCGGCGAGCCGCUCGACUACUUUGAGACGCUCGAGCUGACGGACCCCUUCUUCUCGCACUACACCACCGCGGACGCGCGCCCCUUCUACCUCGUCGCGCCCUGCCACCUCCGCCACCAGAGGCGCGCGAUCGCCGUGCUCGGGAUCGAGGAGCAGGUCGCCGCCCUCGGCGUCCCGCUCGCCGCCACGUACGCCGCGUCGGCGGCCGCCUUUGGCGCGGCUGGCGUGCCCGGCUCGGCGCACCGCACCACCGCAGAGUGGCUCACCUGCCCGCACGCGCGCGCCGCCGGCCUCGUCCGCGAAGACGAGAGCGGCGCCGUCUCGCCCGCGGCGAUGACGUGGGUGGUGCAGCAGGAGCUGCCGCCGCCGCUGCCCUCGCCGUCGCUGCCCAGCCCUUGCAGGUCGCCAGAGGGCCGGCCGUCGUCGGCGGACGCGGCGCCGCACUUCGGCGGAGGGGCGGGCGGGGCGGGGCGGCCGGCGGCGGUGCGUCCGGCCGCCGGGUGGGCGACCCGCGCCGAGGCGGCGCCCGCCGCGCCGCCCCCGCCUCCGUCGCCGGCGGCAGCGUGGGAGGGCGGCCGGUCCGGCGGGGGCUGGAUGGAGGGUGUCGAAGUGCUCGACCUCUGCAACGUGAUUGCCGGCCCGACCAUCGGCACGAUGCUCGGACAUGUGAUUGCUGGCCCAACCAUCGGCACGAUGCUCGCGCGUUUCGGCGCAAAGGUGACCAAGGUGGACUCGCCGCGCCCAACCUACUCGCCGGAGAUCACCGUCCUGUACGGCCUGGCGGCCAACGCCGGCAAGCGCUCCGUGCUGCUCGACGCCCUCGUGGCGCGCGUGGACGUCGUCGUGUACAACGGCACCUCGGACGCGCUGGAGCGGCUCGGCAUCACGCCUGCCGAGCUCCACCGGAUGAACCCGAACGUCGUCCUCUCGCGCUUCGACGCGUACGGCGGCCCGAACGAGGGCAAGGGCGAGCGCGCGGACCACAUCUCGUACGACGACAACCUGCAGGCGGCCCUCGGCAUCAUGGAGCGCUUCGGCGGCGGGCUCGGCCGCGUGGAGGAGCACGCGCACGUCGGCACGAUCGACGUCGCGGCGGGCGUCGCCGGCGCGCUCGCGACGGCCGCGACGCUGCUCUUGCGAGAGCGGCGCGCGACGGGCGAGCUGCCGCCGGCGCCGCCCCGCUCCCUCCUCAUCGCGCGCGCCUCGCUCGCGUCGGUCGGCCAGAUGGUGCAGUUCCCGUUCUGCUGCGGCCCGCCGGCCGCCCUCGCGGCGGAGGGGGACCGCUCGGUGGACACGCCGCUCAACCGAGGCCCCGAAUGCCGUGGAGAGCACUCGCUGCUCCACUGCUACUCCACGGCCGACGGGUCGUGGCUGCUUCUCGUCGCCUCCCUCCUCCCGCCUUUGAGGAUGGGCGAGGCCGAGCUCAAGACGGUGCUGCGCCACCUCUCGCUCGCCGACGGGCGGCUGCACGCGGCGCUGCGGCCCGCACUCGAGCGCGGCGUCGGCGGCGUGAGCGACGCGGCGCUCGAGGCCGCGGUUGGCGGCGCGCUGCGCGCGGGCCCCUCCGCGUCGUGGUGGGCCGAGCGGCUCGGCGCGGUCGGUGUGAGCGCGGUGCCGCUCGCGUCCUUCGACGUGCUCCGCGAGAGCAACAUCCUGGCGGCGGAGGACUGCACCGUCGACCUCGGCGGCUCCACCUUUCAGUUCCUGCGCCACGGGUCGCACCCGCUCGGCUCGCCGCUCGUCAUGUUUGCGCCGUGCUCCGUCCGGACGCCCGGCGGGCGCGGCCUCGCCGUACCGCUCGAGGACGCGCCGCGCUACGGCGAGACCGCGCGCUCGCGGUGCGGCGGCGACUUGUGGGCAGCGUCCCUUCACACCUGCCGGCUGCGAGCAGGCGAGCACACGCUCGAGGUGCUCGGCGAGCUCGGCGUCGACCCGACCCUCCUCCUCUCGCGCCACGCCGCGGCCACCGGCUGGUGCGACGACUACCUGCCCGGCAAGGCGUCGCAGACGCUGCCCGACAUCCCCCGGCCGGCGCUGAAGACGUGCCCCGUGUGCCUCGACCCGAUCAAGCGGCACGUCGGGCUGGCGUGCUCCCACUGGCUCUGCCACGACUGCGCGGUGCGCUGCUCCAACGCGGGGCUCGCCUCGUGCCCCGUCUGCCGCCACCCGCAGCUGCUCGACCCCGUCCGCCUCGCUCGCCGCUCGGUGGAGUGGCGCGCCGCCUACGGCUCGUGGCGGCAGGGCGGCGUGCGCGGCUCCAAGGGCGAGGCCUCCUCGAUCAGCAGCGCCGCGCAGGCGCCGGCGCGCUCCCUCGUCACCUCGGCGGCGGGGGACCUCGCCAAGGGCUCCUUCCGCAAGUGGAGCGGCGCCAGCCUCGCGCACAGCUCGCCGAUCCGCGCGAUGAAGUCGUGCGCCGCCGGGCUGAGUCUCGCGGAGGUGCGCGAGCAGGAGCUGCUGCGCCGGCGCGACUCGGACGCCUCCUCGGCCCGCUCCUCCGCCCGCCUCUCGGCCGGCUCGGGCCGCUCGCCCGGAGCCCCUCGCCCCGCCCACGAGCUGCGCGACUCGCUGGGCAGCGAGGCGCCCGGCCGGCCGGCGAUCGCGCUCCUGUAGCCUCGGUCGUGGGCGACUGACCCCCGGCGUAUCGCUUCUCAGGUGCCUACCCGGCCGGCGUCGCGCUCCUAGGAGCAGCGCCGCCCCGCAGAGAGGCCUCGCCCGGGUGCCUCUCGCUGCGCCAGGCCUCGCCCAUCGGCGCCUGCCGGUGGCCGCUCCGGGCGCCACCACCUCUGCCGGUCUCCUCCUAUCCUCUGAGUGCGAUCGGAUGGAGAGGCGAGGCCGGUGGUUAAAAGAUGAACAUGUGUGCAAUAGACUUGUGGUGCUGUGCAGUGCGUGUGCAGUGCGCGUGGUGGGAGAGGGUGGGAAGGGCCCACUGCGGAAAGUGUCUAGUGCGCGGCGGCUCGCGGCGGCCAUGCGUCCUCUAGAGUGCGAUCGGAUGCCGACGUCGGAGCAGGGGCCCCUGUCAGAAGUGAUUCAGGUGUGAGUUGGAGGGAGGUGCGCGUACUCUACAGUGUGUGCAGUGCAGGGGAGACAUGUGGCUGGGUGGGGAGACGAGAAGAGUGUCGCCGAUUAAGAAGACGCUCUAGCCUGCCUCUCACUGGGGGAGUCCUCUUGUGUGGAGAAAUUUACCUUACCUUA